UUUUUGGGCUUGUAAGACCCUUUUUCUGUUCACUCCAGGUUCCUGCGAUGUUCUGGAACAAAAUAUGGGGAAAUGUGACAUGCUUAGGAAGGCAUCCUUCCGUGAAGGAUCUGCAAACUCAAUAUGGACCACGAAAUUAGGUCUCUUUGUGGCGAAAGCGUCAGGCCACGAAUGUCGAGAUGCAUGUUGACUACUGUUCAGCAAGCUAAGACAUGUGGACAUAUGCACGGGCCGUACGACCGUGCUUCGGACAACGGCUAUGGACUGUUUUGUAAAGAGAAUGUGAGCUUCUAAACUAUGGGGUCUCGUACCCGGUAGAAUUGUAGAUAGAUGCACGCCACGCGAAAAAAAGCAUAUAAGAUCGACGUGUUUCCUACACAAUUUUAUACAUUUCAUCUAAAAACUUGCCACUAUCAUACCUUCAAGCGUCUUCUAUCACUCGGCUCCAGAAUCACUGUUGUAUAUCAUAAAUAGAGCUCCUCUUUCCACAGAUUUUGCCAAUCCUUCAAUCAAUAAACAUAUCCUCUUAGCGACCAUGAAGUCCGCAACAGCAUUCGCCACUAUUGCCCUCGCAGGCGCAGCCCUUGCAUCCCCAGUUCCCGAUUCUGUCGCCGCGGCACCUCCAGCCUUCAAGAUCGACGGUGUCACUUAUGGAGGAUCAGGGUGUCCCCAAGGUAGCAUCAACGUCGAGUACACCAGUCAAGGCAUCUUGCCUAUCUACUUCAACAAGCAAUUCACUGCCUCGGUCGGCAGUGGUGUCGCCCCCGAAGAAGCCCGCAAAUUCUGCCAACUGAAUCUCUCCUUGAACUACAGCCCCGGCUGGUCCUAUGCCGUCUACAGCGCCGACUAUACCGGCUAUGCUAGCGUCGAUGAUGGUGUCAAGGGAACCAUAAAGAGCACAUAUUACUUCUCUGGCGAGACCGCCGAGUCGUCCUCCUCUCUCCAGAUCAACGGCCCAUUCACCGGAAAGUACGUCAAGAAUGAUGACGUUGCUGUAUCAGUCUGGUCGCCCUGCAGUGGCUCCUCUCUCUUCAACGUCCGAGCCGAAGUUGCACUUACACCUCUCGGUACUUAUGCGAGCGGCACCAUCGCGACUGUCAAGGAGACGGGCAAGUUCACCAACUCGCUUUACAUCAAGUGGAAGCAGUGUUAGGAGUGGUCGGAUUGAAUGCUUUCUUCAUUGAGCCUCGACUUCUGUAGGGCCUGCGAAGAAAGUGAGAAGAUGUUUAGAAUACCCUUGCUUUGUUUGAAUGCGAAAACCGUUUUAUAUGUCAAGACUUGCUGCCAGCUAUUGUGUGAUGUAUGUGAGGUUCAAAUGUUGCAAACACAUAUUCGGUGAAAUCCGGUGGACACUCUCGAUACCAACCAUCUCAUUCUCUGAUAUCCAACAUUUCUCUUUCAGUGAUUCUCAAAGCAAUUUUGGCAGGCAGCUCAUUUUAGAGGCAAUGGCAAGCGCGUUGGCUAUUGCU